GAAGCAUACACCUUACACCUCUUAAGAGAGGACUGUUAAAAUCUAUUCCUGCGUCGGAGUUGGCGAGUUUGAGGGCAGAAUUGACGUUCAGAAUUGACAUUCUGCUUAUGGUUUUAUCAUUGAGAAGCUUGGAAAAGUUGUCACUGAUUGACACCGUGUAAAGUAUGAUUAAUUGGAUGAGUUUGAAUUGAACAAGUUGGAUUUGUAAUUGAUGUCGGGUUUGGUUUGAGAGGCACACAUUUGGAGGUGUCCGCUAUUUAGACUCUGAUCACUGAUAUUCAUAUGGGUUCCCAGUCCUCCAAACUCUUGUCAUGUUGUUGGGUUUCACGACAUAGCACAUCUAUUGUUGAGGCACCUAAUGUUGAGAAUGAAGAGGAGGAGGUCAGCAACUUGCCUGCAUUCCGUGAAUUCACACUAGAGCAGCUAAAGAAUGCCACUUCUGGUUUUGCGGUAGAGGAUAUUGUGUCGGAGAAUGGUGAGAAGGCUCCAAAUGUUGUUUAUAAAGGGAAGCUGGAGAAUCAGCAGAGGAUUGCUGUCAAGCGCUUUAAAAAAACAGCUUGUCCAAAUGUGAAGCAAUUCUUGGAAGAAGCGAGGUUGGUUGGCCAUCUCUGUAACCAUUGGUUGGCAAACUUGCUUGGUUAUUGCUGUGAAGAUGAGGAGAUGCUGCUCAUGGCUGAAUAUAUGCCCAACAAUACACUCGCAAAACACUUGUUUCACUGGGAAACACAACCUAUGAACUGGGCAAUGCGAUUGAGGGUGGUUUUACAUGUUGCACAAGCUCUGGAAUAUUGUACAAGCAAAGGCUGUUCCGUCUAUCAUGACCUAAAUCCUUGCAGAGUUUUAUUCGAUGAGGACUGUAAUCCUAGACUUUCGUGCUUUGGCCUGAUGAAAAGUAGUGGGAAUGGAAAUAUUUAUAGUACAAAUUUGGCAUUUUCUCCUCCAGAGUUUCUGAAAACCGGUAUCUUUGGCACUCUUUUGGUUGAUGUUCUUAGUGGGAAACAUAUUCCCCCUAGCUAUGCCCUUGAUUUGAUACGGGACAGGAACCUUGAGAUGCUGACAGAUUCUUUCUUGGAAGGAAAAUUUUCCGAUGAUGCCAGGACUGAGUUAGUACGCUUGGCUUCUCGAUGCUUGCAAUAUGAACCCCAAGAAAGGCCAAAUCCAAAGUCAUUAGUGGCUAUUUUGACUACUCUUCAGGAAAAUACCAAGGUUCCUCCUCAUGUCUUAAUGGGCAUCUCGCCCAGUGCUUCCUUCUCACCUAAAUCCCCACUUGGUGAAGCAUGCUUAAGAAUGGACUUGACUGCCAUACAUGAGAUCUUGGAGAAUAUUGGGUAUAAAGAUGACGAAGGUGUCACCAAUGAGCUCUCGUUCCAAAUGUGGACUGACCAAAUGCAGACAACAAUAAAUUCGAAGAAAAAAGGCGAUUCUGCUUUCCGGUGUAAAGAUUCCAAAACUGCAAUUGACUGCUACACACAGUUUAUUGAAGCAGGAAUAGUAGGGUCACCAACAGUUUUUGCUCGCCGCAGUUUGUCUUAUCUCAUGAGCGACUCGCCACAGGAAGCUUUAAAGGAUGCAAUGCAAGCCCAAAUCAUAUCUCCAUCCUGGCACGUACUGUCUUAUCUACAAGCCUCUGCACUUUUCACCCUUAAAAUGGAAAAUGAAGCACAUAUAGCCCGUAAGGAUGGUUCAGCUCUUGAAGCCAGAAGGAGCAAAAGUGUUUGA